AACAGACCGUUGUUGCACGAAGACGGUUAGGAGUCAGCAACAAUGCAGAGAUGGAGUGCGAGAUGAGGGCACUGCGGCGAGAGCUUGAGGAGACGCGGACGGCGCUGCGACUUCAGACGGUGCGUUGUCGGCAGCUGGUGGCCGCCUUCACAUCCAAACUUCAGGAAAAGGAGGCGGAGGUGCGCGCGGGGAGGGAGCUAAGGGACCAGCAGCUCGGACGUGUGCUCAGGGCUCUCCUGAUGCUGGAGGCGCGGUUGCGACGAGAACAACGUCACAUUAGCCAACAACUUGCCGACAGGGACGACGUCAUCCGUACCCAGCAACAGGAGAUCGCUCGCCUUCACAUGAUAAACAGGAAACAUUGUGAUGCCAUUGCAGUAGAGAGCCAGGAGAAUACUGAGAGAGAAUCACUGGAGAGCUCUGGUCAAAGUUCCACUGGAGAAGACUCUGGGUUGCAACUGUAUGAUGGAGACAUGAGGAAGAUACAAGAAAGCCAAGACAAUAGUGCCACUUCAGAAGAGGAUGACCUCUUACAGCAUGGUUCUGUUGGUUACAAAGAUCUUGCAACAUCACAGACAACAGCUUUUGUCAGGUUUAAGAAAAAUAGUUUAAACAAACUGAAUAACCAGGGGUCUUACAGGCCGUUGUCCAGACGCAGGGGAUUGGCAAAUGGACACAAAUUCUUUGUUAAUCAGGAGUACAACAUGAGUCAAACAUCAAAGACUUUUGAAGGCAAACAUCUGGAAUUUAAACAAUCAACAAUUUCAGAGUCACAGGAACUAGAAGACAGUAUGGAAAAUGGCUAUCAUGAGGAUGAAUUAGGGAGUAGGGAUUUAUACAGAGACUAUCAACAUAAUCCUGUCUUGGAGUGUGUUAACCAGAUUCUUCUCCGUGAUCAAGAGGAAAUGGAAACCACAACAUAUCAACAGGAAAGUAUAUGCAAGCCUAAUUCUAAGGGGACAGGAAGAUUCAAUUACCAUUGUCACAGCAUUAAAGAGGAAGGUGACGAGGAAAGCUUCACAGAGGGAGGAGAGGAAGAGAUAAGAAGCCAGGCAGUUGAGAGUCAGUCAGAUCACCAUACUGACAACCAUAGCAACUAUGAUAAGGAAAACAGUGAGCAAGAAAACAAAGAGCCUCUGAAGUUCCCUGUUAAAGACAAAACACCACCUCCACCAGUUAAAGCUCAACUUCUUGAAGAGAAAGCUUGCCUACUGAUGGCAUCUCAACGACUGACACUUGUCCGGAAUUUAGAAUUUGAAGAGUUAGAUAAGAAAGAUACAUCAAAUGUGUCCUCUUGUCCAUCACGUGUAGAGACAGAGAUCAUAUCAGGCAGAAGUCAAGUUCCUCCAGCUUUGCCUCCAAAACCACCACAGCUUGGGGCUAAAGGCUUGUUCAAGAAGAGGAUGAAUUAUGCUCAACUGAAUCAGAAUCAUCCUCAGAGCAUCAUUACUGUAAGCUCAGCAAGUCAGGAUCAGGAAACAUGUUUGGAAUAUAGACCUAAACAGUCCGAGGGCGUUAGCCAAAAUCAACAUAAUAUUCCUGAAGGUAAGAAUUUAACGGAACACAGUGCAAAUUGUAACCAUCAUGAUACACAAAUUCCUCUGACCCCUCAUCUGCUCGAGAAGCCACGACAUCGACAGAUCCUGAGCAAUGGAAGUUUGAAACUUGCUCUGAACCAAGAUUCAAGCCAGCAGACACUAAACAACAGCCACAACCACCUACAGGAGAAAAACAACAACUGUUGUAUCACUUCUCCAAGCUUCAAAGAAAAACUUGAUAAUUUAAAUACAUCAGACUUUAAGAGUCAUUCUAAUAUCUUGAGGCAUCAAGUGAAAGGUGGAGGAUCAGUUACCAUUGUAAAAAAUGACAACCAGUUGGAUGGUCACCUAGCUAAUUGCCAUAACCAUGAUCCUAAGCGACAUAAAGCAUUAAGUCACAGCCACACAACCCCAUUGAAAAGUGAUAUAGAAACACCACCUGCUGUCAGUAAGAACAGCAAUCACUGCAACAAGAUUCGUGUUGGAUCAUCUGUUUCAUCUCUGAUCACAGGUUCUUUGGGAAACAGUAUUGUGAAUGAACUAACUAAGGGUGAACCAGAAGAAACUUUGGUAUUGCCUCGUGUCUCGCAGAUGGUACGGCGGUUUGAGGACUUAGGUACUGGCAUUGGAAGAGAGUUAUCUCAUGAUGACGGUGAUGAAAAUGAAGAAGAAGAGGGAAACAAUACACUGAGGUGCAACUUUGAGGAAUUCAAAUUGGAAGACGUGGAUAUGGAUAGUGUAGGGAGUGGGGAGGAUGGAGGACGACCAGCAGGAGAUGGUGCUGAAGCCAGGGCUGCCAUGCUUCAAAAUGGCAACAGUAGUGGGAGCUAUGAGCAUUUUCUGGAAUCUACAGGUCUCAGCCAAAAGUCCAUUCUUACCCCUAGCCGCUUGUACAGUAAUCACAGGAAUGUGAUGAAACCAAAAGACGUUAAACAUCGCAGCAAAGUGUUGAAGGCAGCAGCAGUGAAUGGGAGGAGCGGUGGUCCUGUUGUCAAAUACUGGGUAGAGCCUUUCCUUUGAAUAUAACAUCCAAAUCAACUGCUGAAGUGAGUUCUUGGGACUGAUCUUUCACAGAUGUUAAUAGGUGCACUUGAGUUAAAUGUGAUGGGCAUUACUUAGCUUGAUAUGUUAUUUAGAAAAGUAAGAAAUUAAUACAGAAAACCAACCCUCACAAAGAAAAUAGUAAGUACAUCCUAAAAUUCUUUUCAACAUUUACAAAUAUUCAGAAAAUUAUUUUAACAUCAGUUCUGAAAAUUAGGAGUAGUAGUGUUUCUACCUCCAUCAAGUCAUCUUGAACAUAUCACACUGCCACAAGUGCUGUAACUGAAACACCAUAACUGAACACCAUGCUUUUCAAGCACGUGAAAAUAAAAAGGUAUCUCCAUAAUGAAAAAAUUGAAUAAGUAAUGACUGGAAAUCGUUUCUUUUCUGUGUUUGUUAAACCAGAUUUGUUAAUAUUUACUACGGCGGAGAGUUAAGAGAUCAAGUCUAACAUGACUGAAAUUUGUGUCUACUCUUGUCACCAGUUAUGAAAAUGGUAUUGUUCUCCUAUUCAUCUCUUGUCAGUACUGUAACCCCCCCCCCCCUUUCCUAGAAGUAUAUGUCUACCUUCCACUGUAGAAGGAUAUAUGAAAAAGCUGAUGAUAUUUUUGCUCAUUUGUCACAUGUAAUCAUGUUCUUUUUAGUACCAUAAUUCAUAUAUAUGUAGUAAGUAAAUUGUAUUUGUGCUGUAAUUUGAAAUUAUUGAAUUAGUAGUCCUUUCUUCUUGCAUUGAACAUCUAACACUUACCAGAAUAGACAGUGUCGCAUGAAAUUGCUCAACACAGAAAAUGUAAACAUUAUUUAAGAGUCAAAAUGUGCAUGUUGGCAGUUGUCAUAUAUUGGUACUAGUAGUUGUCUGGUUGAAAUGGAUUGAGAGUUCCUGCUGAACUGGUGAAAGUGAAUUAUUUAACACUUGCAGAUAUUAUAAAUGAAAAAAUCCAACUGAUUUUAAAUAAAUAGAUCCAGUAUAACCUUGAAAUGGAGAGUAACUACAUUUCACAUAAUAUAUCUUUCCUUUACAGUGAAGAAAAUUUUCAGAAACUUGAAUGCAGUGAGGUGGAAUAUUGAAAACUAUUUGAAUAAAAAAUAUCUUUAUCUGAUUAUUUAAAACUGCCAUAUUUAUACCUAGGUAUAAAUUAUAUUUAACACACAGCCUUGCUCAAAUUCUUAUGAAUAUGGUCCAUUUCCUUCAUUUUAAAUAUAAUUUUUAAUAUGCAUUUCACAAACACCAAUAUGUUUUGAAUAUGUGCAUCAUGUCUUGGAAACCUGUGACAGAUAUAUCAGUUGUAGUUUUCAUCAUUAUUUCAUUAAAGUAUGAUACAAUGGUAAUUACAUUACAUUACAUUGCAUUGCAUUGCAUUGCAUUCCAUGGAUCCAAAGUUAGUCAAAAUGACUGU